CGUUCGAGUUGGGGGAGAAACUAGAGAGAGAGAGAGAGAGAGAGAGAGAGAGAGAGAGAGAGAGAGAUGGGAAGAGAAUGCAGAUGCGUGGAGUGUGGGUACAGAGUCAAAUCCUUGUUUGUUCAGUACUCUCCAGGGAACAUUCGCCUCAUGAAAUGCGAAAGAUGCAAGGAAGUAGCAGACGAGUAUAUCGAGUGUGAACUCAUGAUUGUCUUUAUUGACUUGGUUCUUCAUAAACCAAAGGCAUACAGGCACGUUCUUUACAAUGUGCUUAAUAAAAAAGCUGUGAAUAUUCAGCAUCUAUUAUGGAAGGCGGUCUUUGCUAAUCUUCUUAUAGAUGCCUAUAGAAGCUUGCUACUGAGAAGAAACUACGAGAAAACGAGUCUUUCCCAUAGCUUUGUUUCUACAGUUGUGAAGGUCAUGAUCGACAUCCUUUCUGCAAACAUUGUAUUUAUCUGUUCUUUCGCUCUCGCAGCUAAGAUCAUGCUGCAUCUCUCAUUUGAUGGCACCAGAAAGAGAGAGAUUCUUUUAGGAAUCCUGAUUUCCAGCUACUUCAAGAUCUUUCUGCUUGCUAUGAUGGUCUGGGAAUUCCCUGCUUCUGUGAUCUUCAUCGUCGAUAUAUUCGUCUUAACAUCGAACUGUGUGGCUCUCAAAGUGAUGGCGGAACCAUCCACGGGCAAAUGCAUAGCAGUCUGUUUCAUCGCCCAUUUGGUGAGAUUGUUGGCUCUUCAAUUGCGCGAGUCGAGGUCAUUGGGGCACUUUGAUUUGUAAUAUGCCUUCUUUGUUUCCGGUAUCGUAUGAUUGGAUACUCUUCUUACAAGACUUGUAUCUUCACAAAAAAACGGUAUCUUGAUGUCCCUGUUCUGUGGGAUUGAAUGGAGGUCAGGUCAGGUCGGAAUGGCAUGUGCGGUGUGUUAUUGUAAUUAUCUUGAGGUGGAAGGUUAUUUUUGUAAUCUGCCACAACUCUUAUUCCCACGUUUUUCACGUGUGAUCCAAGAUUCAUUCUCUA